AUGAGAUCGCUAAGUUUACUACUGGCCUUCAUUUCCCCCUCCUUCGCUGUUCCAUCUCUCUACCCUCGUCAGUCCAGUCUCGACACAUGGCUCGAGCAGGAGCAAGGAAUCUCUCGCACCGCGAUCUUGAAUAAUAUCGGCGCCGACGGGGCCUGGGUGCCGGGUGCGCGCUCUGGUGUCGUGAUUGCGAGUCCGAGCCGGAGUAAUCCUGAUUACUUCUACACCUGGACUCGCGACUCUGGUCUGGUCCUCAAAACCCUGAUCGACCUGUUCCGCGACGGUGACACGGCACUCCUGCCCACCAUCGAGCAGUAUGUCACCUCGCAGGCCCGCAUCCAGGGCGUGUCGAACCCGUCCGGGGAUUUAGCUAGCGGCGCGGGUCUCGGCGAGGCCAAGUUCAACGCCGACGAGAGCGCCUUCACUGGUGGAUGGGGUCGGCCGCAGCGAGACGGGCCGGCGCUGAGGGCUACAGCGCUGGUGGGCUUUGGGGAGUGGCUAGUUGACAACGGUUACACGGCCGUGGCAAAGGAUAUCGUCUGGCCGAUUGUACGGAAUGAUUUGUCGUAUGUGGCGCAGUAUUGGAACCAGACCGGGUUUGACCUCUGGGAAGAAGUGCAGGGAUCCUCCUUCUUUACCAUCGCCGUGUCGCAUCGCGCUCUCGUCGAAGGCAGUGCCUUCGCCAAAAGCGUCGGCGCGUCGUGCUCAUACUGCGACUCGCAGGCUCCCCAGAUCCGAUGCUACCUGCAAUCCUUCUGGUCGGGAUCAGGCAAGUACAUUCUCGCGAACUUCGGCGGCGGACGAACCGGCAAAGACGCCAACACGUUGCUGGGUAGCAUUCACACCUUCGACCCGGCCGCGGCGUGCGACGACGUGACCUUCCAGCCGUGCUCGUCGCGCGCUCUGGCGAACCACAAGGCCGUGGUGGAUUCGUUCCGGUCUAUCUAUGCCAUCAACUCGGGUCGUAAGGCCAACGAGGCUGUCGCCGUGGGUCGCUACGCCGAAGACGUCUACUACGGGGGAAAUCCGUGGUUCCUGACGACGCUGGCCGCGGCGGAGCAGCUGUACGAUGCGCUCUAUCAGUGGGAUAAGUUAGGCCAGUUGAGCAUCACCGACGUGUCGUUGCCGUUCUUUCAGGCGUUGGACAGUUCGGCCAGCGUGGGAAGUUAUACAUCUUCGAGCGCGACGUAUACGAGCUUGGUUAAUGCCGUCAAGACUUACGCGGACGGGUUCGUGAGUGUCGCGCAAACCUAUGCCGCUUCCAACGGGUCCAUGGCCGAACAGAUCACCCGAGCAGACGGCAAGCAGACGUCGGCACGCGAUCUCACCUGGUCAUACGCCGCUCUGCUAACGGCCAACCGUCGUCGCAGCGCCGUGGUGCCGCCAUCCUGGGGCGAGACCGCGGCGACAUCCCUGCCGACCAAGUGCACCGCCACCUCCGCAACGGGGACGUACUCCAGCGUCGCCGUCACCAGCUGGCCGGCUAUCGGGGAUACCCCGGGCACGUCGGUCCCCUGCACCUCGUCCACGGCGGUGGCCGUCACGUUCGAGGUGACGGCCACGACGGUCUAUGGCCAGGACAUCAAGGUGGUCGGCUCGAUCGCAGAGCUGGGAUCCUGGAGCCCGUCAAGUGCGAUCGCAUUGAGCGCGGACCGCUACACGAGCAGCAACCCGCUGUGGUACGGCACGGUCAACGUGCCGGUGCACAAAACGUUCGAGUACAAGUAUAUUCGCGUGCAGAAUGGCGCGGUGACAUGGGAGAGCGAGCCGAAUCGCAGCCUUAGCGUGGCCGGUGGCUGCGGAGAACAGUUGCUAUGGCAUCAUCCCGUCGACUUCACGCGCCAUCUGCCAAUUCCUGUCCAUUUCUGCAUCAUGAAGAUCACUGCAUUGGCCGCACUCUCCGGCCUGGCCGUCUCACAAGCCACCUCCCAGCAAACCCUGGGGAAGGGCAAACCGCCCAACUUCCUCUUCGUGUUGACGGACGACCAGGAUCUGCAGCUUAAUUCGCCCGCCUACACGCCGAGUAUUCUGCAUCGCAUCAAGGAGAAGGGCAUUGACUUUACGAAUCAUUUCGUGACAACGGCGCUGUGCUGUCCGUCGCGCGUGAGUCUGUGGACGGGGCGACAGGCGCAUAACACGAAUGUCACGGACGUGAGUCCACCAUGGGGCGGAUACCCGAAAUUCGUCUCGCAAGGGUUCAACGACGAGUGGUUCCCCGUCUGGCUGCAACAGGCCGGCUAUAACACCUUCUACACGGGCAAGCUGUUCAACGCGCACAGCGUCACCAGCUAUAACGAUCCCUUCGUCAAGGGCUUCAACGGCUCCGACUUCCUGCUCGAUCCCUUCACCUACUCCUACUACAACUCGACCUACCAGCGGAACCACGAGCCGCCGCGCAGCUACGAGGGCCAGUACACGACGGACGUGAUCACCGAGAAGGCGCUGGGGUUCCUGGAUGACGCUCUGGAGGGCGAUCGGCCGUUCUUCCUGACGGUGUCGCCCAUCGCGCCGCACUCGAACAUUGAUAAGCUGGGGGCGUCCAGUCCGACGAUCAUGGGCGAGCCGGUUUCGGCGCCGCGACAUGCGCAUCUGUUUGCCGAUGCGAAGGUGCCUCGCACGCCGAGCUUUAACCCUACUAACUACACCGGACCCAGCUGGCUGCGAAACCUCCCUCUCAAGAACCAGACCGUGAUCGACUACGAAGACCAUUAUUACCGCCAGCGACUGCGAUCGCUCCAGAGCGUCGACGAGCUCGUGGAUCAGCUCCUUGACCGACUGGAAAAGAGCGACGAGAUCGACAACACGUACAUCAUCUACUCGUCGGACAACGGCUUCCACAUCGGCCAGCACCGUCUGCCGCCAGGCAAGACGACGGGAUUUGAAGAGGACAUCCGCGUGCCGUUCUAUAUCCGCGGACCGGGCAUCCCGGAAGGCCAGACGGAGGACAGCGUGUCGACGCAUAUCGAUCUGGUGCCGACCUUCUUCGAGUUGGCGGGGAUUCCGUUGCGCAAGGACUUUGAUGGCACGCCGAUGCCUUUGAAGAAGACUGCGUCGGCUUCGGUGGCGCAUGAGCAUGUCACGGUGGAGUAUUGGGGAAGGGGAGUCAUUGAGGGUGACUAUGCCACCAUUGGCCCCGGCGGUUCAACCAACACGCCCAACAACACCUACAAGUCGGCUCGCAUUAUUGGGGAGGAUUACAACCUCUACUACUCGGUCUGGUGUACCAACGAGCACGAACUCUACGAUCUCUCGACGGACCCUUACCAACUACACAACCUCUACACGACCAAGAAUGGCACGUCCCUUCUCUCGCGCCCUCUCCCUGCCCUGAUCAACCGACUCGACGCUCUCCUUCUCGUACUCAAGUCCUGCCAGGGCGCCACCUGCAUCAAGCCGUGGGAGGUUCUGCAUCCGGACGGAGCGGUGCAGAGUCUGCGUCAGGCGCUGGACGCCCGAUACGAUGCCUUCUACCGUCAGCAGCCGAAGGUGACAUACGAGACGUGUCUGGACGGAUAUCUGGUUGGAAACGAAGGUGCUCAGGUGGGCUUGGAGUUUCGGGAUGGGUUGAGCUGGGACGCGUGGGCUUGA